GUUCUCCCGUUCAACCACAACCGCCCAGCGACGACAAACCGCCUGCCCAAACACCGUCAACCCGCCAGGUUUUCCUCGCCGUCGAAUCAAUUCAAGAUGACUCACGAGUCCGUGUGGUACAGCCGUCCUCGCACUUACGGCAAGGGCUCCCGUGGAUGCCGCGUUUGCACCCACCGCGCUGGUCUUAUCCGCAAGUACGGUAUGAACAUCUGCCGUCAGUGCUUCCGUGAGAAGUCUCAGGACAUCGGUUUCUACAAGUACCGUUAAAUCAAAUAUCAACUGGAAAUUCCUGGUCACGAAAUUCGUUACGUCCUCGGCGCUCGGUAACAACCUUGGAAAAUAGCGGAAAGGACACCGAUUCGAUUCGCUUGGGAUUCCGACGGGGAAACAGAUAUGGAAUAAUAAAAGUUGUUGGAGGAAAAUCAUGCACGGAUGCCGGUGUUGACAAUUAUUUAAGAGGUGUCAUGUCGAACCCUUUUUUCUUUUCUCCCAAUUCAUACAUGAAUUGAAACGAGGAACUUUUCUGGAAUUCAUUAUCUGGGCUCUCUUGAUCUCUUUCUUCCUCCACCACUCCAGACGCGCUGGUCGAUGACUGAAAGAUUUAAUGAGCAUAUGCUGUUCGCACUGCGAU